UAUUGGUUUAACACACAGACUGUUAGAAUCACACAGCCUCGUUGACCGAGUCCUAGACCGCUGCUAAGCCCCAUGCACUCUACAGCCUCUCGCCGGCGGCCACUGCGUUCCCUCCCGCCCACCGAAACCCUAGACAUCGGCUACGGCCUCUCGCUCGCUCCGCGUCUGAAGCUCAUCCUCACUUUCUUCCGCUCCGAUCCCGCAGUGAAGCCCGUCGACGAGUGGCAGCUAAAGCUCUCCCUCAUCGACUUCAUCCGUUCCUUUUUCUCCCUCACAGUACCCGAAGACGACCUCGUCAUACGAAAGCGUCUUGAUCUUCACAAGCGCAAGCGCGACGAACCCGUUGCAUCGGGAACUCUCUACAUCCGCGAUCUUGGGUUUCUCAAACACAAAAGGCGAGGAGACGAUGACGAUGAUACGGAUAAGGUAAUUGAGAAGAAGUUUUUGGAUUGGAGGGCUUCUGUCUUGGAUCGUUUGAGCGGGAUCGAGCUGAAUCUGGAGGGCGUCAAAUUUCGAAUGACCGUCGAUGUUCCCCCUUCCGAUGACUACGAGGCGAUGAAGAGGUUAUGGGAGGAUUAUUAUGCUUCGCAGCUGCUUGACGGCCGGAUUUUAACUGUAGGGGGCUAUUCCAAGGGAGUGGCUCGGAGGCCUGAUACGAUCAUUGUACAAGGAGUUCCUUCAAGGUGGUUUGCAGAGCCAAGGGUGUCUUCGAAGCCUUCCAUGCUGAAUACGCAUACCAUCUUUUCCGUUCUUGGAAAUAUAAGGAAUCUUUAUGUUGUUGGUGGUGAUGACAUUGGUGAGAAUGCAGAAGCAACUGUUGGCGAUGUUGUGCCUGGACUUCAAUGCAAGGUUUGGGUUCAAUUCGAGAAUCAUGAUGAAUUCAGUAAUGCAAUGAGGGUGCUUUGUGGACGCUCAAUGCAGAAGCAAGGUUCACGCCUGAAUGUAGAUUAUGAGGUAACUUGGGAUAAAGACAUUUUUUUCAAAAAUGUACCGCAGAAGCCCACAAGAGGCCAGGAAAGGAUUCAAGCAUCAUCUGGGAAUGUUCAAACCGAACCUUCAAACUACGAAUCUAAGGCUCUUCGGUCUGGCCAUGACGGUGCGCGGAUGCGAAGGUUCAGGGAUUGAAUGUGAAGACAAUUGCUGCUGCAAUCUGGAAUUGGGAUAAAAGUAUGAGUUCUAAGAAUCCAGGGACCUCCCGAGUUGUGUUGUGUUAUUACGGACUACCAGCUCCCUCUCACGUCACGCCAGCUACAUAGCAGUGGGAGACAGUUCUACGGUUGUCAGAGAGGUGUUCAACAAGAUGUGAUUUUUUCCGUUGGGCCGACAUUCCGACAUACUCCCAUGCCGACAGUGAUAGUGUUACAAUGGUUUCCCAAGAAGAUAGUGCCG